AUGAUUGAGCCUUCUACCAAAAUUGUGAAAUUCAUGGCCCCCAGGGUCAGGAGUUUUAGUGCUAGUGUGAGGAAGUUCAUAUUAUACGAGUGUAUGGAGCUGCUGAGACAGUGCCCCGCCCACAUGACCUUGACCUGCUGUCGUCACCUGAUAGGAUUCGUCAUUGUUCACCUGAAAGAUCCAGUCAUCUUUGAUAAAAAUGUGUGCUUCAUCAGAAAAUGGCUGUUGUGUGAGGCUGGCAUUUACCUGAUCAAAUUCAUUAUCAGCAGAAUUCCAGAUCAAUUUGAAGUUGAGGAUUUAGAGUUCUUACUGUUUAAUGUGAAAAAUGUCCAUGCAUUGCUGAAAGAAUUUUCCAUUUAUCUAACACUGGACCAGUAUGUUAAAUCAGACAUAAGAAGGAAAACCCUGCAUACUUACAUGGGGGACUUCUUCAAAAAGAACAGAAAUUGGACUGAGGCUUACAGACUGGCAGAGAUAUUACAGGUGUCUAACAUUGAAAUGGAAGGGGAGAUGAUCAUGCAGGCUGCUAAAAAAGGAGAAAUUAAAGACGUCCUCAGAAUCUGCAAGAAACUACUAGACUCGGGUCCCUCAGAGAAGACGGCUGAGAUUUUCUACAACGUGGCUUUGGUUCUACAAGAAGUAUUAAGUGAAUCAGAGAAUGGAGUAGAGAGCCUGAGGAGCUUACCUAAGAUCACACAUCAGCUAGUGUGUCAGGCCAUGAACAUGUGCUCACCGAGUCUCUUACCAAGUCUGAUCACGCUCAGUAAAGUGACAAGUCUCUGUGAAGCUGUAGACAGUCAAUGUGAGGCAGCCAGCACCUGUCAG